GUGAGAGCUAAAGUUGACUUUCACUUUCUGAAGCUGGGAUUCUGUCAGCGGGAUGAACCGGGCUUCCAGGAAAACGAAACUGGACGCUGUCACCGCUGACGCUAACUCAUUUUAGCUCGUAGAUGUCGUUAUGUAACUCUUUUUGGUGGCGAUAUUGACAACUUUUAGCGCAAAGUUUCGCCCCGCUUGACGUCCAAAACACGCAGGUAUCUUUAGCGGCUAGCCCCCUGCUAGCAUGGACGGCGGCGGAAGCAUGCAGAGUAUUGACGAGAGGGGUGUCGAGAAAUUAAUGGAUGACUACUUGAAAUCGAUCGGUUUGCAUCGGAAGAAGAUAGCCAAAGACGGGUCCUGUUUGUUUCGGGCUGUCGCCGAGCAGGUGCUGCAUUGCCAAAGCCUUCAUACUAAAGUCAGGGCGAAGUGUGUGGAGUUUCUGAAGCAGAACAGAGACACCUAUGAGGCGUUUAUUGAAGGUGACUUUGAGGAUUACCUGUGCAAGCUUCAAGAUCCACAGCAAUGGGUGGGAGAGGUGGAGAUCAACGCGCUGGCCGCCAUGUACAAGAGGGAUUUUCUGAUCUUCCAGGAGCCCGGCAAGCCAGCCGUCAACAUCACAGGCAACAACUUCAAGGAGAAGGUGCAGCUGUGCUUCCUGAACGGGAAUCACUAUGACAGCGUUUAUCCCAUCAGCCGGAUCAAGAACACCGCGCUCUGCCAGUCUGUCCUGUACGAGCUGCUGUACGAAGGCGUGUUUAAGGUGGACCGCAGCUAUUUGGGUUCCUGUCAGCGGAUCGGCCGACCCGCCGACCUCCUGAGUGACGACUGCAUGCCCGCCUGCGCCAGCAGCGACGACUCCGACCUGGAUGUAGACGAGGCGCUGUGGGUGGAAAAUGGAACCAGCUCUACUUCCACAAAGCACAACCAAAGCUACAGGGGCCGUGGGCGUGGGCUUCCUCCGAGGGUGAAGCGAUCUUUGAACCCGACAUUGCUCAGAAAUGUGGAGUACGAUGUUUGGCACAAGUCCAAGCGAGCCCAACAGAAGAUGGAUUACUGCAUCGCUGCUGGGAUGCAGUUCACUGUAGGAGACCGCUGCCAGGUUCGUCUCGAGGGAACCAAUCGGCUCUACAGCGCCGUCAUCAAGGAGGUGCCGGCCAAUAACCAGCCAGUGACCGUUUACAUAGAAGAUCUGGGCAGGAAGCAGGUGGUGCCUUUGUGGAGUGUCCGCCCUCCCAGUGAUGACAGCGGGUGGAGCAAGGUGGGCAACCGUGACAAGAGGCUCAGCAACGGGCACGGAGGAGAGUGGGAGGAGCGGGGCAAAGGCCGAGGAAGGGGGAAGUCCGUCGGGCCAUCAUCGUCCUCUGGUUCUCAGGCAGCGGCGCCGGGCUCAGGUGGCCGCAUGCUGAAGCAGCACUCCUGGCCCCCGCAGGCCACCGUAGAGGAGCAGGGCGGGGCCAAAACCAGCAGGAAGUCCGUGGGCGCGGCGGAGGUGGCAUUCGGCCUAACAGAGGAGCAGCGAUUGGCCAAAGAGGAGGAGGAGAGGAACGUGGCGUUGGUGGAGAUCCAGCUCAGAGACGAGCACAGCUUCCCCGCACUCGGCUCUCAGCCGGGGACGCAGGGAGAGGGAGGGAAGAGGAAAGGAGAGAAGAAACGAUCUCAGAGGAACAAGACGAAGAGCCCCGUUGAAGAUGUCAGAGCUCCGUCUCCUUCUGCCGGGGACAAACCCAAAUCCUCCACCCCACCUCUUACAGCAACCUCUACAACCACUACACCUGACACCAUGACCAGCCCCGCCCUUCCUGCUGCUAAGCCUUCUGACUCCACCCCCUCGGGGCUGAAUUUUGUCAAGGCCUUGAUGCCAAAUGCGAGCCCCUCUGUCAGCCUGCCACUCACUUCUGUAGCUCCGGCUGCUAAAACAAACACACCUUCCUACGCCUCAGCCACUGCUGCACCAGGCUCUCCUCCUCCUCCUGCUGCUCCUCCUGCUGCUAAACCUUCUCCAAAAGGCGAAGCACCGCUGCCUCCCUCUGUCCCAUCAUCCGCCUUCUCUUACAGCACCCCCGUUCUCCCCGCAGCUUCACCCACCUCCUCCUCAUCCUCUAAACUCCCCCCUGCAUCUGUUCUUCCUCCUAAGCCAACCACCUCUCCUCCUCCUUCCUCCUCAGUUCCUCCUCCCACUUUCAUCACUCCCAUCGCUUCCCCACCCACAGCUGCACCAGGCUUCCCCGCCGCCCGCUCCUCUCCACCUAUCACUUCUCUCGUCCGCUCUCAGACUCCACCCUCCUCCACCUCCCUAAUUCAUCCUUCAGCUGAAGUCCGGGAGGCUCCACCUGCUCCAGCUCCAACCACAAAUUCUUUACCAAAAUCUGGAGGCCCUCUGAUGGAAUCUCAGGCUUUCCAAAGUCAAAUUCCUCCACCUGAGGUCCAGACCCAGGUCUCUGUGCCCUCAGCUGAGGAACAAGCAGAGUCUUCUUUACCCCAAAUCCAGACUGAAAGUCAGGCUUCUCUACCACAAAUCAUGGGCCCACCCAUGAUGCUGAACGAGCCCCAGGAUCAGCUGCAGUCCGGCACAGAGGCGCCUGUCCCGCCUCAGACUGACCUCCAGCCCCACAUUCAGACCUCUUAUCCCACUCCUGUGGCUUCCUACCCCCAGGCCUCCCUUCCCCACCCCCCCGCCGAGGCUCCUCACCCCUCCCAGGUUCCACAUCCCUCCCUUUCUCUCUCUGCCUCCACCAUUGUUCCCCAGACUCAAACCGAAGCCCCACCACAACAGCACCAGUCUGCACCCGAGUCUCAAGCUUCACCUGCCUCUGAGAAGCCAUCCCCACCUCACCCCCCUCAUACUGCUCCUCCUCAGCCCCUCCCCGGACCCAUCCCCCUGCAGCAGAUGUCCCAGCUCUACCAGGACCUCCUUUAUCCCGGAUUCCCCCAGGGGGAGAGAGGCGAGAUAGCUGCGACUCCAAACUUUUCUUCCAACAAGUCUGGGGAUGACCUGCCCACAGAUGUCAACAUCUUGAGGUUUUUCUUUAACUUGGGCGUUAAGGCCUACUCCAUGCCCAUAUACCCACCAUACCUGUACCUCGUCCCCCUGCAGCAGGCCCAUGCCAUGCAGCCCAAGCCAUCUUCCCGUUCCCCGUCCCCACAGUGCCUUCCCUCUAACACCCCCAGCAACACCCCCACCAACCCGCAGGAGGGCUACCCCCCUCACCAGUACCCUCCCACUGUAGCACCGGUGCCCUCUCAGUAUGACAACCAGGCUGCGCUCGAUGAGCCCCCCCGUCCGGCUGAACCCUCCUUCAACCAGGCCAGGUACCCCAUCACCCAGCCACAACCCCCCAGGAUGCCAUGGCAACAGAUGCCUCCACGAAACCCAAGCUACUCAGUUGGGUAUCUUUCCCCACCUCCGCCGUACCCGGGUCCCCCGCCUUCAUCUCAGGGUUACCACCCAAAUCAGGGCGCGGGGGUCCCGGUGUACCCCACAGCCAUGGGUCCGUACAGCCCCUCCUCUCUGGCAUACCAAACUGCAUCCACCCACCAGGAGCUCCAGGUGAGCCAGGGGGCGAUGCAGCAGCACCAGCUUCAGCCGAUCAACGGGGACACGAUGCCUGGCCACGGGAACAUCCACAUCUCCAGUCCUCUGGAGAGCGCCGCUGCGCCUAAUGUUCCCACUACCAACAGUAACCGAUCAGUGAUGGUCCCAUCCAAUUAUAACUUCAAGAGAGAUCCGGGGGAGAGUUUGACACGAGCAGUGCUCCUGGUGGAUCCGCCACUUAAUGACAUGCCCAUAGUUGCUCUGCUUUCUGACCCGCACAUUAAGGACGUCUCCAUGGGAGCCAUGAAAGGCAGCAGCAGCAGCCCUGGCUCUCCGUCGCAAUACCGUCCCCGGAAACCGGUCCAUGCCACCAACGUGUAUGAACAGAGCCAGAGGGGCAGCUACAUGAAGCCUGUCACCAUGACGGACAAUCAUUCUGUGGGCUGCAGCACGGAGGAUGACUGGGAGGAGGUGGAGGUGUUUAAAACGAUGGUGCCAAACUACAGAGGGCAGAGGAGGCCCUACAGAGGAAGAGGAGGGAGAGGGGGCAGAGGAAGGGGUGGCUACGAUCCAACCAGGGAGGUGUACAGGAGUAGACAGGAAAGAGAUAUGCCGGUGGGGUUUAACUAUAUUCAGCCUAACCCUGCCCACAUGGGAUGGCCUCGCGAGAAAAGGUAUUAGCUCUGAGCCAAUGAGAGAAGAGGACACAGGUGGUGAUUUUUUUUCUUUCUUUCUUUUGCUUUUUUCUGGAGAUCUGAUUGGUGUAGACCGGCAGCCAUGGAAAUGCAGUCUGGACCCGAGUCGGAAAAUCUAUAACUCCAUUUGUGUUUUGCUGCCUCUAAAUCAACAAGCUUAUUGCUUUGUAUCAAAACAUAAACACUAUCCUCCUCUUUUCUUUUAAGUGCAUUAGCAUAACAUGUUAGCACUAUUUCUUAUCACUCAGACGAAUGGAUUCAAUGAAUGUCGAGCUCAAAGUUUGUUUACGAGGAUUGUGAAUGAUUUAAAAAAGUUACCCACUGUGUUGACAUGAUGAAUGUAUGGGUUUCUUUACUGGUUGUGUUUGAGAUUUUGGGAAAUAUGUUUAUUAGCUUUCUUGCCUGAGAGGAAACGCUUUCAUGUCUGUGGCAGCUUAGCUUAGCUUAGCAUAAAGCAACGGAAAAUCAGCAAAGACUAUGAGUAGCAUUUUGCUACAUUAAAAAAACAAUCUAAUGACACUGGCAUAGAACAAUACUCAUUUCAUAAAGAUAUAUAGUAAAAAAGGAUCAGUAAGGCAUAAAUUACCAUUGCUAUAUAAAUACAUUUUAGUAACUCUCUUAAAACCAUACUCUCCCCUCUAUUUCUAUUAUCACAGUUUAAUGCUAGCGGCGGGAAAUCAGUUAUGACUGUAAAGUAUAAUUUUCUAUAUGAUGCAUAAACAAAAAACUUGCAUAAAACCAUACUCUUUCACUUGUACAUAUAGUUAUUUAGCACAGCUUAGCAAAGCUAGUUAGCUAGCUUAGCAAAAAAACCUUGAGGUAUAAAGUAGCAUUUUUCUAUUUCCUAUAUAAAUCAAUCUUUUAGUAACUCUCUUAAAACCAUAUGCUUUUAAAAAAAAUUCUUUCCACUCCUAUUUUUACAUCAAGCUAGUUAGUUGAGCACAAAGCAGUGGGAAAAGCCAUGACUGUCGGGAGAAAGUUAACAUUUUUGUAUAUAAAUAACAUCUAAUAAGUUAAACCAAAUUUUUUCCCACUUUAGUUUUUACACACAGCUAGCUAGCUUAGCACAGGUGAGCCCAUCAAUCCCCAGAUUCAGUUUUUGCAUACACUAACAAGCUUUAAAUGGGCGUGCUCGGCUAGCUGUUUGUGCCCAUGUCUCUAUGCUAAGGUAAGCACAGACACAAAGCGCUCUGUCUGCUCCUCUCUCUAAAAUUAUUUGCAUAAGUCUUCCUCUGAUGAGUCAAAGAUAAAUUUGUCGUGUUUGUUUUUUAUGUCGUUAUAAAUACUGGGAGCUCAGUGGAUCAGUGCAGGGGAAAAAGAAGCAAAAAGCCAAGGGGAGCGAGCUGGAAAGGAGUGUAAGAACUGCUGCUGCUGUUAGCGCCCAUCAGGCUGUUGGUCACUGUGAGUUGUGCUUGGACAUUUUUCUUUCAGGUCCGUCUGCUGGUUUCUGGUCGUCUAUCCUCAGAUCCAGUGCCUUAUGUUUGCUGAGUUUACUUCUCUGUGCUCAGAGAAACACUGCUGUACAGAACAAAAACGUGCUGUUUGGAUUUGAUUUUCUAUGUGGUUGAAUAAAUAAACCUUUGG